AUGACCGAACAUCUUCGCAACACCGACACGAAGGAAAUGUCUAAGUCAUCCCCUGUUCAUUUUGCAACGGGAGAUGCGAUGUCGACCACCACCGGCAAUGAGGCACUCGAUACACCCACAGGAACGAGUGUCUCUGAUGAGUCCACGGACACCAGUGUCUGCUCUGAGUCAAUUCGCCGCAUGAUCUUGAGCCAGUAUCGUGAACGCCGCUCCUGGAACUGCCCGUGGCCCGGUCGAACUUUCAUUAUUCGUGAUCCUGUCACGAAGCUUGUCCUCGGGCUAGAAAAAGGUAUUCUACGCCUUGUGCCGGAAGAUGAUGGGCAGGGUCGCAGCAUUCACUGGUGCUGCGUUAGACACCCUAGAGGACUAUGGGGUUUGCAGAACAAUGUCUCGGGCACUUAUGUAGGCACAUGGGACAUGCAUCAGCAAAAAGAAUUUGUCGCGAGGAGCACGACGCACAAUAGCACCGAAUCGUUAUUCGUGCAAGGACAUCCAGAUGGUGGCUAUAUUAUCUCCGUGGUUACCGACAAGACGCGUGUCCUAUCGAUGGAAUCGCGACAGGAAGAGCUACUGGCCGUUACUUCUAAUACUGCCACCGCGUGGAAAUUCGUCCGUGUCGACCUUUCAGAUUGA